AUGACUUCAGAUAUCCAUCUAAAACCUCACAAUGUGGAGAGAUCAACAGAUCCAUCUACUGCCAAGGAAUCUUCUUUAAACCACGAAGGAGUUCAAAAAGUAGACACUCCGUUAACAUGCUCAGAGUGCGGGAAAAGUUUUUCUGUGAAAGCAAGUCUUCUUCGGCACCAGAAAAUUCACAAGGGCGAGCGGCCUUAUUCCUGCUCAGAGUGCGGGAAAAGCUUCUCUUGGAAAGAAAGUCUUCUUAAGCACCAGAGAAUUCACACAGGCGAGCGGCCCUUUUCAUGUUCAAAGUGCGGGAAAUGUUUCUCUUGGAAAGAAAGUCUUCUCAAGCACCAGAAACUUCACACGGGCGAGCGUCCUUUUUCAUGUUCACUGUGUGGGAAGUGUUUCUCUUGGAAAGAGAGCCUUCUUAAACACCAGAGAGUUCAUGUAGGGGCACGUCCUUUUUCUUGUUCAGAGUGUGGGAAAUGUUUCAGCGAGAAAGGAAGUCUUCAUACACACCAGAGAAUUCACACGGGUGAGCGUCCCUUUUCCUGCUCGGAGUGCGGGAAAUGUUACAUUCAGAAAAGUAACCUUCUUAAACACCAGAAAAGUCACACAAGCGGGUGUCCUUUUUCCUGUUCAGAAUGCAAAAAAUGUUUCUCUCAAAAAGGGAAGCUUGUGACACACCAGAAAACUCACAAGUGCGAGCGUCCCUAUUCUUGUUCAGAGUGUGGGAAGUGUUUUACUGGAAAAAGAAGUCUUCUUAUACACCAUAGAAUUCACACAGGUGAGCGUCCCUAUGCUUGUUCAGAGUGUGGGAAAAGUUUUACCGGUAAAGAGAGUCUUCUGGCACACCACCGAAGUCACACGGGCGAGCGUCCCUAUUCAUGUUCAGAGUGUGGGAAACGUUUUUCUGGAAAAGGAAGUCUUCUUGCACACCAGAGAAUUCACACAGGGGAACGUCCUUAUGCAUGUCCGGAGUGCGGGAAGGGUUUCGCUCAGAAAGGAAACUUUCUUGACCACCAGAGAAUUCACACAGGUGAGCGUCCUUAUUCGUGUUUAAAGUGCGGGAAAUGUUUCUCCAGGAAAGGAGACCUUGUUAGACACCAGAGAACUCACACAGGAGAGAAUUCAUUGUCAUGUUCGGUGUGUGGAAAAUCUUUUACUGACAAGAAAGCACUUCUUAAACACCAGGCAAGUCACGCGAGUGACCGCUGCUUUUCAUGUUCCGUGUGUGGGAAAAGUUUCACUUGGAAAAGAGUUCUCAUUGAACACCAGAAAAUUCACACCGGCGAGCGCCCAUUCCCUUGUUCAGAGUGCGGCAAAUGUUUCACUCAGAAAGGAGACCUUGUUAGACACCAGAGGAUUCACACUGGUGAGCGUCCUUAUUCGUGCUCAGAGUGCGGGAAAAGUUUCACUCAGAAAAUUGUACUUCUUACACACCAGAGAGUCCACACAGGGGAGCAUCCUUUUGCGUGUUCAGAGUGCGGGAAAUGUUUCUCUCGGAAAGAAAACCUUGUUGGACACCAGAAAAGACACACGGGUAAGCUGCCAUUUUCAUGUGCAGACUGCGGGAAAGCAUUCAGCCAAAAAGGAAAUCUAUAUAAGCACCAGAGAAUCCACACAGGUGAGCGUCCUUUUUCAUGUUCCGAGUGUGGGAAAAGCUUUCUUCACAAAGCACAUCUGCUUCUACACCAGAAAAGUCACACUGGUGAGGGCCUUUUUUCCUGUUCAGAGUGUGGAAAAUGUUAUGUUCAGAAAAGCGCACUUAUUGUACACCAGAGGAUUCACACAGGGGAAUAUCCUUUUUCGUGUUCAGACUGUGGGAAAUGUUUCACUGAGAAAGAAAAACUUAUCAUACACCAGAGAAACCACACAGGCAAGCGUCCAUAUUCAUGUUCAGACUGUGGGAAAUCUUUUAUUCAGAAAGGACACCUUCUUACACACCAGAGAAGUCACACAGGCGAGCGUCCUUUUUCAUGUUCGGAGUGCGGAAAAAGUUUCGGCCGGAAGGAAGUUCUUAUCGAACACCAAAGGAUUCACACAGGGGAGCGCCCCUUCGCUUGCUUAGAGUGCGAGAAAUCUUUCACUCGGAAAGGAAGCCUUAUUGCACACCAGAAAAUUCAUACAGGCGAGGGACUUUUUGCAUGUUCUGAGUGUGGGAAAAGUUUUAGAUUUAAAGGAAAUCUAGUCAGACAUCAGAGAACACACACUUCCUGA